UUGGACUCCAAUACGUGCUAUUACUCCACGUCAUCACACAUACCAUCCCACACCUUUAAACCCCCAAGAAGCCCUCUGUCCUCUCACCUUCAAUGUCACAAACCAACUCCCCUAAAAUCUUUCACUUUCUCUGUUUUCCUCUGUUUCUUCUCUGUUUUUCCCUCAUUAUCACACAUAAAAAUGGAGGGUCUAAUUCCAUUUGUGUACAAAGCUAUAAUGCAGUACAAGAAUGGGAAACAAGGGCCUAUCGGUUCAUGGCUUUGUGAGUCACCUUCUUACUCAUACAUGAAACUUCCCGGUGACUCGGGUCGGUUUCAUACCUCUGCUUCUUCUCUGAUUGGGUCAGAUUAUGGUUUUUCAGCUUCUUCACCAUCUUCUAUGCUUGCUACUUCUUCAACCCAAAUCAUAGUCUCUUCCAGUGUUCAAUCGCCGCACCGUUGCGUGAAUUCACCAAGAGUUCCAACAUGAACUUCUAGACAAACAUGUUCUGGUACAUGAAUGUGGCUACUGCGUAUGUUGUUAAGAGUUCAAGUUUGUCUUUUCAAAUGGUUCAACUUUGGGACCUUGUUUGAACUUGCAAGCAUGUGGAUAACCAAAGGAGUCCUACGCUUGCAUGGUUGUAUUGUGCAAUUGUAAAUAUUUAUUAUGAUGUUUAUGAAGAUUUAUGUGAUUCAUGGCCAAAGGGUCAUUUAUACUGUGUUGUUAGGGGGGGGAAAUGUCAAGUGAAUGGAUGUGUUUCUUGACUUAAGGGGGUCAUGGAAACUAUGAAUUUGUAGAAUAAUUAGAUUGCAAUUGUUUGUUCGUUUUAUUUUGAGUUUUGAUUUUUUUUUCUCAA